UCGUCCACCUCUGAAAGCCCUGCUCAUGAAUUCUUGGAUGAAAAGUUGCUGCUUCUGGAGGAAGAAAAUGAACAGUUAAAAAGUCGACUUCGGGAGAUGGAGGUGCAGCGGAAUGCCGCCCUGAAUCGGUCCAUUGAGCUGGAUCUCCAACGGUUGCAGCGUAUUGAUGCUGCAAGUGCCAAGGAUGCAGAGACUCAAACUGAUGCUGAUACCCACACCGCCAAAGCCCAGGACGGCACAAUGACAAAACGGUUGUCUUCAUUUAUCAGUAAGGAAUGGCUAAGUGAUGACGAUAUAAGUGUUUAUACUGAGUCAUUGUUCUCUAGCUAUAAUGACCUAGUUGUGGUGGACCCGGUUGUGGUUGCACUCCUAAUUAACGAUGGUGACUAUGCUCACUCUUUUUUCAAUUCAGGUCUGUACGUCAACAAGAAUGUUGCUUUCAUACUUAAUGACAAUUAUUGUUCUGUUGAUUCAAAUUCGAGGUGGAACGGCACACAUUGGAGCCUGGUUAUUUAUGAUUACGUUGACAAAUCCUUCUAUAAUUUUGACUCGCUAUCGAAUUUUAAUAAGCGAACACUGGAUGCUCUAGUGGAAAGACUGAAUCCCAUUUUUGAUACAAAAAAGGUGACUCAUGUGACUUGCUUGCAGCAGACAAAUUCAUAUGACUGUGGAAUUUUUGUUCUCUUCCACCUCGAAAGCUAUGUAAAAUCUAGAUCUGAAGAUAUGAAUAGCUGCCUUGAUAAGAUUAUUAAGUUUGAUAAUUUUGACACUAAUAUGUAUAGAUGGCAUGUCCUGAAGAUAAUAUGUAAUUACUUGAAACCUCAAAAUAGCUAUAAUAUGCACUCCCAAUAA